AUGAGCGAAGCUUCCUGGCCGGCCAUCCGGGCCACCUGCAUCACCCUGCUUGUGCUGACGACUGCCGUGAUGCUGGCCCGGCUCGUCGGCGACGCCCGGCGAUGGCGCGCCCGCCAGGUCCAGUCCGAGGACGGCUGGCUGGCGCUGUGCUACGGCUUCUUCGUCGCCGUGGCGGCUCUGUACCUGCGCGUCGUCCCGGCCUAUCUGCGGGUGGAGAGCGUCGAGAUCGGCCGGACGGCGCCGUAUGCGACCGUGCUAGUAGACGCCCGCUUCAUCCAGCAAGGCGUCUUCUCGGCCUCAGUCUGCAUCUGGCUCUGCCUCUGGUCGGCCAAGCUGUCGCUCCUGUGCGUCUGCCGGAAGCUGCUCGACAAGCUGCCGCUGUACCGGAAGCUGUGGUGGGCGCUGGUCGGCUUCUCGACGGCGACCCUUGUUGGCUGCAUCGUCAGCCUCUGCGUCUCGUGCGAGACCAUGACCGCCUGGUUCACCGUCGGCGGCUGCUCGACCCGGCGUGAUGUCGCUCGCGCCGUCGUCAGCAUGUGGUACUCGUAUGCUGUCGAUGUGCUGACGGAUCUGCUGAUCAUGGCCCUUCCCCUCCGGCUCAUCGCCGGCCUCCAGAUGCCGUUCUUCCGCAAGCUCUCCAUUGCCGUCCUCUUCGGCCUCGGCUGCGUCUGCAUCGUCGCCUCCACCAUCCGAGUCACCCAGAUCAACAAUGGCGCCAACCAUCCAACUCCGACCUGGCUGGCCCUCUGGGGCACCGUCGAGGCCGCCACCGCCGUCGUCAUCGUCAACUCGCCCGGGCUCUACCGCAUCGCCAAGCAGUCCUCUGCGAGACGAAACCGCCGCCGUAGAGGUGGUGGUGGUGGUGAUGGUGAUGUUGGUGGUGGUAGCAGCUCUUACUACGGCCACAGCUAUAGCUUCGGAUCCAAGACACCGCGCAGCCAAACCAAGAGACUGGGCACCGGCACCGAAGAUAGGGAGUGCACCAGCCUUCAAAACCGUCCUGACUUUGGCACAGUUACCACCACCGUCACCGCUACCGUGACGGAAGACGGCGACGGUGAGAGCGAUCAUGACGGUUCCGUCGACCACAUCGACCGCGACAACGACUUGCCCGACAACGUGCCGCUCAGGCCACCCCCCAGCGUCAGCAGGCCCAGGCGAAGCCACAGCAUUAUCGCUGCGGUUGCGGCCGCCGCUUUAUGGCUCGACGGCCCCAGAAAAAGCCAGGAAGUCCUGGUUGACGGCGCUGAUCACAGCCUGGGCAUCGGCCAUGGUCAUAGCAGAGGCAUCAUCGUGACAAACACAGUGCAAGUGUCGCAUGGGCCAGAGACAUCGCACUAUGAGGUGUGA